AUGGCUAGAACACGAUCCAGAGCCGCUCCUGCCCGAGCCGCUCCUUCUCAGUCCCGAUCUGCCUCCACCAUGGCUCAUCCCCAGCAGCAGCACUACAACCACCCUCCUCCUGCCGCCGCUCCUCCCGUCCAGGCCGCCCCUCAGCAGCCCGGUAUGUUCGCCCAGAUGGCUUCUACUGCCGCCGGUGUUGCCGUCGGAUCCACCAUUGGCCACACUCUGGGUGCCGGAAUCACUGGCAUGUUCGGAGGAGGAUCUUCUUCCGCUCCCGCCGAGCAGCAGGCUGCUCCUGUGGCCGCCGCCCCCGCCCAGGUCCAGCAGCAGCAGCAGACCGGUGCUUGUGAGGCCGACGCCCGAGCCUUCACCAAGUGCCUCGACGAGAACAACGGAAACAUGCAGAUCUGCGACUGGUACCUCCAGGCCCUCAAGGCUUGCCAGCAGGCUGCCAGCUCUUACUAA